CCUCCCCGAAGUGGCCAGGACCUGCGCUGUUCGUGCGGGCCGGCGAGUCCCACGUGGUGCGGUGACUCGCGGUUGCAGCCUCCGGUCCUCUCUAACUUCCCCGGCCUGUGUGCCCGCUGCUUGCAGAGAUGCCGAAGAUCAAGUCAGGGGCGAGCGGCCGGUGCCGCGAACGGCAACAACAACGCCGGGAGCUGAAGAGCGGAGGAGGACUCACGUUCAACACGGGGAUUGGGCAGCACGUUUUGAAAAAUCCUCUCAUUGUUAACAGCAUUAUCGAUAAGGCUGCCUUAAGACCAACUGAUGUGGUGCUGGAAGUUGGACCUGGAACUGGCAAUAUGACUGUAAAGUUGCUAGAAAAGGCAAAAAAGGUAAUCGCCUGUGAACUUGACCUAAGGCUAGUAGCUGAACUUCACAAAAGAGUUCAGGGCACGCCUCUGGCCAGCAAACUUCAAGUAAUGGUGGGUGAUGUGUUGAAAACAGAUUUGCCAUUUUUUGAUGCUUGUGUGGCAAAUUUGCCUUAUCAGAUCUCUUCUCCUUUUGUCUUCAAGCUGUUGCUGCACCGACCUUUUUUCAGAUGUGCUGUACUUAUGUUUCAAAGAGAAUUUGCUCUCCGACUGGUUGCAAAACCUGGAGAUAAGUUAUACUGCAGACUGUCAAUUAAUACACAGCUAUUAGCACGUGUGGACCAUCUAAUGAAAGUUGGAAAGAAUAACUUCAGACCACCACCCAAGGUGGAAUCCAGUGUCGUAAGGAUAGAACCUAAGAAUCCACCACCACCUAUCAAUUUUCAGGAAUGGGAUGGCCUAGUAAGGAUCACCUUUGUUAGGAAAAACAAGACACUGUCUGCUGCAUUUAAGUCAAGUGCAGUGCAACAGCUACUGGAAAAAAACUACAGAAUUCACUGUUCGGUCCAUAAUAUUAUAAUACCAGAAGAUUUCAGCAUAGCAGAUAAAAUACAGCAAAUCCUAACCAGCACAGGUUUUAGUGACAAGCGGGCCCGUUCCAUGGACAUAGAUGAUUUCAUUAGAUUGCUACAUGGAUUCAAUGCAGAAGGUAUCCAUUUUUCUUAGGUAUCUGCAGAAGAGAAGUUUCCAAACUCAACAAAGUGGAAUUAAUAUAUUCUUAGUAAUUUGAGAAGAUGAACUAUGCUUGGACACUAUGUGCUUGACUAUUUUUGAUUUACUACUGUUGUCACCGUUUAUUACUCUGAAUUUUUAAGGAAGUAAGUCAAUUCUAACUGUACAGGUUGUUUUUUUUUUUUUGGUUUUGGUUUGAUUUUAAUAUAUAACAUAGGGCAGGGUCCAAUUUAUACAUGAUACUCUUCAAGUUUAAGAGCCACAGACACGCACAACUUUACACUUAAAAGUUAUUUCUAACAGUGUAUUAUAUAAAGAUGUUACACUAAUAUUUCCUAUGUUAUAUAUUACUGUGAGAACCUUUUUUUAGGAUUUUAGCUCUUUAGGCCUUUGUUCUUCAAGUCAUAAGAAAGUUAAAAUAUGCUUAAUUUAGUCACAUAUUCCCCAUACCAUUUCUUCUUGUUAUUCAUGUGUACAGUAAAGCAAUUGUUUCCUUGUUUCCUAAAA